AUGAAUGAGUACGCCUCACGGCUAUUACCCCCUGCAAAGGAAACAAGUUCUCGUGCUGCUUGUAAAAAAUGCGGUUAUGCUGGUCAUUUAACUUAUCAGUGUCGAAAUUUUUUGAAAGUUGAUCCAAACAAAGAAAUAGUUCUUGAUGUGAGCAGUACCAGUAGUGAAUCUGAACAUGAUUAUCUAACCCCCUUGACAGAAUUGAGGGAGAAAGAAUUGCGAGAAAAACAAUCUAAACUGAAGAAAAAGAAGAAACACAAGAAAUCUUCUAAAAAGUCAAAGAAAAAGAGGAAGGUAUCUUCAAGUGAUGAGAGUGAAGACAGCAGUAGUGAUAGUGAAGAAUAUAAGAAGAGAAAGAAGCAUAAACAGAAGCACAGAAAAAAAUUAAGGAGUAAAUCUUCUGAUACUGAGUGA